AUGCGCACACCGUUGAUAUGUUUUGUGCUUCUCAUUUGUGUUUUGGGAAUGAAAGCUAAAUCCAUAUCACUUCAGAAAGGUGAGGCAAUCAAUUAUAGAUUCAAUCUUUUUACUCCCAAACGAGUUCCAAGUAUUGUACCAUUGUGUUGGGACUCAAGUAUAAUUUUUUUUGUUUUUGUUUAGAAGAACAUAAAACCGACGCCGAGGAACUCGAAGAAACAAUGAGGGAUUUGAGAGAGUCAGGUAAGCCAAAGCUGUUUUAAAAAUUGAGCAGACGAUAUGUGAAUCAUUUCAUUUGAUGUGCAUUGACUCAAGAGUAAGUGACCUUCUUAAUUCAAGGAGGGCUGGGUUGGAGUGCAGGGGACCCAAAAUCUUGAAACUGUAUUGGGAUUUACCAUGAAGUCACACAGACUAUGAAGCACGUGAAAUUACGUAUGAUUCCUAAGUGCUCAAAACAAUAAGCAUGAAUAAUUGAUUGUGGCUUUACUUGAAGGCGCGCAAUUCCUUGAAAGGCAAAAUGUUCUUCAGGGAAUAAUGUGAAUUGCACCCGGCGCUGACUUGCUUGAAUAUUUUGGUAGAGAGCGAUUGGGCGCUGACGAAAUGUCCACGUGAGAAAAAUGAGUGACGUAUGAUUGGCUAGUUCUACAUUCUCAUGGGAAAACGGCGAUGAUCGAAAAAUGACUGUAAAUACAUGAAAAUUAUACAUGUAAACUGCGGUUGAAGAAACGAAUACUACUUAGAAUGAAUUAAGAAAAGCUCUUUAUUGAGAUCAAGUCUCUUAGCUUGAUAUUUCCUUAGUACGAUCUAACUUUUUCAAUUUGAUUUAAUCUAUUUAGAGCUAAACCUCCAUAAAGGCCCUGCAAAAGAUAACUAUCAGGAGCAAUUGAAAGCGCUCACUGAAGAAGGUAUGUUCAUCAGACAGUGAGUUAUAUCCAAUCAAAUGACAAAGACAAAUGAAAUGAAGGGGGCAAUUUUCUCAGGAAACUGUGGUGCUGCGUCGGUGGGAAAGUAUAACAGGGUCAUUUAGUAUUAUCAACUGAGUUCAACUGAGUUGGUAACGUAAGUUAGCCACUGUGACAAAGAUAGUCCAAUUUUACAUGAUGUAAAUCCAUAUUUUCAUUCAGCACAGUCUGAGUUCUUGUGAUAUGUGCAUAGAAGAUUAAAUAUGCCCCUUACAAGGCACCAACAUGUCUCGUAUGGGUAUAGCAUAAAUAUGUUUUAACCGGUCUUCAAAAAACACCUUAAGGGAAAUCCAAAGAUCAAAAUUGUAGGUAGCUGAUUUGCCUCAAGCUCAGAUUUGUUGUUUCCUUUUGUUUCAGAAUCUGAUGCUCAAAGUGGAAAUGGUGAGCUCAGACCGGAGGAAUAUUAGCCAGCGACUAUAAACUGAGAUCUGAGAAUGUACAAAUAUAUAACAAAAUAAGAUUUAGUUACUCGUCACACACACUUUUUUCUUCGUUUAACAAUUUUUCUUUCAUCUUCUUUUAUCUUUUUUGAAAAACGCACAAUAUGUCAUACAUUCCUAUCCUCAUCAUCACUGUUUUCUACUCGUUAAAGAUCUUGCAGCCGUCUCGGACAUUAUUUAGCUCAAGUACAGUAAAAGUAGAUAGAAUCAUUUUAUUGAAUUUUUUUGCCUAGUUGUCUCAAUAAAGCUUAUUUAGAGUGUAAAUUUAUUAUCUGUGUUGCAUGAAGGUGGGGGAACGACUCAAUUCGAGCGUGCGCUGUAUUCUCUACCAGAAUCUUAUACUAUUUUAGGCCUGGAAAGUUAAUUUUUUUUUUUUUCAUGUUUGAAUUCAGCAUUAUUAAUUUUAACUUGUAGACAAAAGUGAGUGAUUGUUAUAAUGUUCGGUUUAAAUCCCAUACAUUCUCAACACUGCAAGCUACGAUCCUUGAACCGUUUUCGUUUAUUUUAAUGUUUAUUCACUCUUUUGCCG